CAACAGCAGCAGCAGCCUCCGUUUGGAUCUCAUCUAGCGGAUGUAAACUGCACGCCAUAUUUAUUUCGAUUGUGGCUCCCCUCUUGUCAUCCAUUUAUCCAUCCUUAUCGUCUUUCUGUAUCGGCUGCUGCUCCCUACAAUUUACCUGGUAAUUCCUAAGGGACAGCCUGACAUCGGGAGACUAUAAUUCUAAUUCCUGAAUGACACUGUCCUAGACAUAGUAAUCGAUCCUCGAUCGCCAGGCAAGCACCAACUCUGUUGUCACCACAUCUAAAACACCGUUUGAUUAUUUCCAAGUUGGUCGUGUAGGAACUGAAAUAAGAACCAUUAAUUUUUUUUUUUUUUCAGUACUCUUAUUUCCUCUCAGCUGCUUAAGUUCAGCUUCACCAUCACCCUCACCAUAUCUUCGAUGAAUACAAACACUCAAUGACACCUGCUCAGAAAUCUCGGGUCGGGAGGUAUGGAGACCAAGAGUAUCUAUAACGCAGCCCGUGACGGGAGACUGUCCCGUCUAAAAUCCCAUUUGGAUCCUAAGACUAUGGAAGAAAGAUGUAAACUUGUCAAGGCCAAAACAAAUGGGGCUACUCCCUUGAUCGUGGCCUGCCGUAAUGGACACUUGGAUGUCGUCAGAUACCUAAUUGGCGAAUGCAAUGCCGACAUGGAACAAGUCGGUUCUGUUAUUUUCGAUGGGGAGACCAUAGAAGGAGCUCCUCCUUUAUGGUGUGCAGCGGCUGCUGGACACUUGGAUAUCGUUCAGUAUCUCAUACAGAAAGGUGCAGGAGUUAAUCAAACAACUUUUACCAAUUCCACACCUCUUCGUGCAGCUUGUUUCGAUGGACAUAGUGAAAUUGUGAAAUAUCUUGUUGCCAAUAAAGCCGAUAUAGAAAUAGCUAAUCGCCAUGGCCAUACCUGCCUCAUGAUCUCAUGCUAUAAGGGCCACAAAGAUAUUGCCGAAUAUUUACUGAAAUUAGGAGCUGAUGUUAACAGAAAAAGUUUGAAAGGUAAUACUGCUCUGCAUGAUUGUGCUGAGUCUGGUAGUUUAGACAUCAUGAAAAUGCUUCUGAAAAACAGUGCCCAAAUGGAAAAAGAUGCUUAUGGUAUGACCCCUUUGUUGGCAGCUGCUGUGGCUGGUUACACUAAAAUGGUCGAAUAUCUCAUAAAUCAGCCAGAUUGUACUCGGUCUGAAAAAAUUGAUGCACUGGAGCUUCUUGGAGCGACUUAUGUUGAUAAAAAAAGGGACAUGUUAGGUGCAUUAAAAUUUUGGCGCCUUGGUAUGGAUGAAAGAUACAGAUCUCAUUGUGUUGCAAUUCCGAAACCAAUAAACCACUCACUUAUUGCAGCCUAUGAGAACACAGUUGAAGUGCGAACUCAAAAACAGCUGGAUGAUCUAAUAUCUGACCCUGAUGAUAUGAGAAUGCAAGCACUACUUGUUCGAGAACGAAUCCUUGGUCCUGCACACCCAGACACCUCCUAUUAUAUCAGAUAUAGAGGAGCCCUUUAUGCAGAUAUGGGCAAUUUUGAUCGCUGUAUAGACUUGUGGAUGUAUGCACUUGAUAUCCAACAGAAAGUGUUGGAGGCAUUAAGUUCUUACACCCAGAGUAGUUUUCUGUCUUUUGCAGAACUUUUCUCUUAUAUGACCAAUGAACAUCACCCAGUGCACAAUGUUGCAUUCCGAGAUAUCAUGGAGGUGUUCACACGUGCCAUUAAAGAACUUCGUAUUGGGCAUGAACUCAUCACCAAAUGUGUUGCUCAGGACUGUGAUGUCAGCUCAUUUAAUCGCCUCUUAGUGAUAAUUCUACACUUGCUGUGUUUGAUUUGUCGGAUACAGAAACAGAAAGGGUUAUCAGAAGAGGAGGACUAUGUUUUCAAACAGACAGUGUAUCAGCUAGUUCAAAUGUACCCAAAAUGUACAAAAGGCUACACUCUUCUCCAUCUUGCCUGUGCACGGGAAACCACUAAUGUUGGUCGUUACCCAGUUUGCAGUUUUCCGUCCCCCGACGUUGUAAACUUAUUACUAGAAGUAGGUGCUAAUGUCAACGCUACCGACAGCGAUGGCAACACACCUCUUCAUCUAGCAACUAACAAUAAACACUGUCAGUCUGAUGUGAUAAAGUUUCUUCUACACCGCCAUGCGCACUUAGACAUGCGAAACAACGAAGGUAGGACUCCUGUGCAACUGUUGCGGGGUGUAGCCAUCCAUGAUAUAGUAUCACCACUUGACUUCAUUACAUUGCAGUGCAUGGCGGCUCGUAUCAUAAUUAAAUAUAAUAUAGAUUAUAAAGGACAUGUACCCCUAAAAGAAGAAUCUUUUAUUGAGAUGCAUUAAUAACUUAAUAAAUAACAUGAAUUUGGUAUGAGAAAUUAAAAACAGGGAAAAACAUAUGGGAAAAGGGAAAUAUAUAAAUACACAUAUUUUGCAUACACAGACAUGCAUACGCAUGCACAUACAUAUAUAGAUACACCUGCAUGUGUGUGUGUAUAUAUAUAUAUAUAUAUAUAUAUAUAGAAACACCCACGUGGUUGUAUGUAUGUGUGUGUAUAUAUAUAUAUGACACACCUGCAUGUGUUUCUGUGUAUAUAUAUAUAAACACCCACACAUACAUACACGCACACACACAUACACAUGCAUGUGUGAGUGUGUAUGUGUAUGUAAUAUAUGUGUGUGUGAAAACUGGAAAAGUGGAAGAACAAAGUAAAAGAAAAUGCUGGAAGAACUACUGAUUUAUUUUUGUGAUUUUAAAAAAAAAAUUUCCUCUUACCUCUCCUCAAACCACUAUCAUUUUUUUUUUUUUUUGAUUAAUCUUAAAAUUGUUCAUUUUUAAAAAUUUUGUUUUUGAUUUUAUUUUGUAUAUUAUAUUUCUGAAAACAAAAUUAUUCUUAUUAUUUCUGAGUUUGCUUGAAAAAAAAAAAUCAGUAUGCAGUCUUGGUAUAAGAAGAACAGCUUAAAGAUUAAAAUUGCUCCUUGAUACUGUUCCUAAGUCUGGGAAAUAUAUUUUUUGCAAAUAAUUUUUGCUGAUCUCUGAUAG